CCACCAUUCAAUCCCUACCGUAUGCCUGGUCUGGGCUGUAUCGUGCGACCAGAUUUUUAUUUCGACACCGACGAUUAAAGGACACCAACUACAACGUUAGAGAGAGAGAGGGGACUAGAGAGGGUUUCAGAUUUCCCCUCUUUUUGUGAACGAUCUUUCUUCUUAUUUUAUCUGCGAUUCCGCGAAGGCUUCGCUCGAUUUUCAGGGCUUUUAGGGUUUCUGGUCUCGAUAACCCCCUCGUUGUUAAUGCAAAGGAAAAAGAUUUACUGACUUUCGAGUCUGUACGAGGAAUUUAGCUGAGAUUUUUUUUUCUUUCUUUCUUGAUUGUUUUCGAGCCCCCCAAAUUUAGGGUUUUGAUCGGAGGUAUGGGCUCGGAAGAUGCCGAUCUUUUGGAUGACGGGGGUGGUGGAGGGCCUUCAUUGUCUGCGUCGUCGGUUUCAUGCUCGAUUUGCCUUGAGGCAGUAACUGACAACGGGGACAGAUCGAGGGCGAAGCUGCAAUGCGGACAUGAGUUUCAUCUCGAUUGCAUUGGUUCUGCAUUCAAUGCAAAGGGAGUUAUGCAGUGCCCUAAUUGCAGAAAAAUUGAGAAAGGUCAAUGGCUUUAUGCAAAUGGUUCUCGUUCAUUUCCCGAAUUUAGCAUGGAUGACUGGGUGCAUGAUGAGGAUCUAUAUGACUUAGGUUAUUCUGAAAUGCCAUUUGGAGUUCAUUGGUGUCCAUUCGGUGGAUUGGCUCGAGUUACUUCAUCUUUUGAGGAGGGGGAAUCUCCAUCCACAGCAUAUCAUGACCUAUUGGGACACCAUGCUAUAUUUGCUGAACAUACAGCUGCAUCAUCUGCUGCCCAUUCUUGCCCAUAUGUUGCAUACUUCCAACCACUUCAGCCCUCUGCCUCAAGCUCCAAUGAAGGUAUGGCUGAGGGUCCUAACUUCAGUCAUCAUUGGAAUAGUCUCUCUGGACCAAGCGACAUAUCUACUUCUCAUGGUUUUCCCGGUUUGGAUCUCCAUUAUCACAGUUGGGAUCACCAUUCCCCUCCAUUCUCUCCAACUGGCAGUCGCAUAGCUGGAGCUGAUCAAGCUACGAUUCCUUCUUCAACCCUGAGAUCGACAAGGGGUGACACUGAACCUCUUCCAAGAUCAGGAUCUUUUGUGCACCCAUACCUUCUUGGUCAUGGGUCAGGUCCCAGGGCUGGAAGUUCGGUUGUUUCCUCGAUGGUCCCUCCUUAUCCCAGCAGCAGUGCAAGAACCCAUGACAGGAUACAGGGUCUUCAUGCUUAUCAUCAACAGCAGCCAGGCAAUUCGCCAGGCAUGCGUGCACCCAUUUUUUCGGGCAUCAGGAGAUCCAGCGCUCUGCGGCCUGUGGGUCCUGUGGCCUCAUCCUCUGAUCAUACGGGUACCUUUUAUAUGUUUCCAUCUUCAGGUUCAUCUGGCCGGAACCUCCAAGAUGCAGAUAAUCCAUUACGGAAUCGUUUUUAUGCAUGGGAAAGAGAUCGCUUUGCUCCCUUCCCAUUGAUCCCAGUGGACAGAGAGUCGAGUUGGUGGGGGCCAUUCCAUCAAGCUGCUGGUGGGUCAGAUUCCGGCGGCAGGACUAGUAGCUUUUGGCAGAGGCAUGGAUCUGAGAGGUCGUCACAAGGUCGGGCAGAGAAUUCUUCCUAUCAGCCGGUUCAUCCUUCUGGUCGGAUGUUUCCUUUCAUAUGAAAAGCACAUCACUCCAAUGACUGAGGACCAAAAUCUAUAUGAGAAAUGAUAUAAUGGCUUGCUCCCGAGUCUGUAAAUCGCAACAGACUUAACUUUGCCGUGUGGUCCCUAAAACAGAAAACAAUCUUUUGGUUGUCACACGGCUGUGUGAUGACUUUUCGGCUUCAAACUUCUGCCCGGAGGAUAUGAAAUAAAAUAUCUUUGUGGAGUGGCAAAUGAAUGGCCCCGUCCUUUACUGACUGUAUUUGCUGUC